AUACAGCAGAGUUUAAUGGCUUAAAGUACAAAGUUCUUUUUCUUUCUAAUUCUAAUUCUCAUAAAAUUGUAAAAAUGCAAGAAGUAAACAAAUGUAAUAAUAAUAAUAAUAAUGGUGGCCAAAUAAGUAUAUUUUAUUGGAUAUUAGGUGUUAUAUGCGCACCUUUGGCUUUACCAUUUUUUGCUUUAAGUAUGAUACGCAAUAUACGUGCCAGAAAAUACAGAGACUGCCUACCUGAAAAAGUAGUACUAAUAACUGGGGCAAGUUCUGGUUUAGGUGAGUCUCUGGCACACGUUUUUUACAAAGCAGGCUGUAAACUUAUUUUAGCUGCAAGACGUUUAGAUGAAUUGGAACGUGUUAAAACCGAACUAUUAGCUUUAAAACCAAACCAAAUAACUUAUCCACCAACUGUGCUUCCUUUGGAUUUAGCCGAGUUGAAUGAUAUAGGUCCUUUCGUUGCCAAAGCACUUAGCAUACAUAAUCACAUCGAUAUAUUGAUUAAUAAUGGCGGAAUUAGUGUACGUUCCGAUGUAUUAUCUGCUGCCGUAGAUGUGGAUCUUAAAGUGAUGCUAGUCAAUUAUUUUGGAACAGUUGCUCUAACAAAGGCUAUACUUCCUUCAAUGGUAAAACGUCAUAAUGGCCAAGUAUGUUUCAUCAGUUCAGUACAAGGAAAAUUUUCCAUACCACACCGUUCAGCUUAUGCUGCAUCUAAACAUGCUUUACAGGCGUUUACAGAUUCAUUAAGAGCAGAGGUCUCAAAUAAAGGUAUUAAAGUAACAUGCGUAAGUCCUGGAUAUAUACGCACUCAAUUAUCUAUAAAUGCAUUGACUUCAAGUGGCAAUACUUAUGGCAAAAUGGACAAAACUACAGCUACAGGUAUGCUGCCUGAAAAAAUGGCAGAACAUAUUCUAAAUGCUAUUUUACACCAUGAUAAGGAUAUUAUUGUAUGCGAUUGGCAGGCGAAGGCUGCUUACUAUUUGCGUACUCUCUUCCCAUCAUUAUAUUUUUGGUUAAUGGAAAGACGUGCACAAAAAUUAGAAAGGGAAAACAUGAUCGGAAAGAAAAUUAAUUAAAACAUAAACUAUUUGUAAACAGUAGAAAUUUAAAGUUUGUGCUAGCUUGAAUGGUUGUAGAAGACAAAAAAAAAAGUAUCUGGAAUUAUCUGUUAUGAAUAUCAUAGAAAAUAUUCUUAAUAUUAAUGUGCAAAAAUAGAAAACGUGGUAAAAGUAGUUUGGCUGAAAAUUUCACAAUUGAUUGGAAAGCCUACUUAGGAUUAGUUUUUAAUAUCGACAAUCUACAAAAUGAUCGUACUCAAUAUAUAAAAAAAUAUAUAAAAUAGUUUUAUAAAUUCUCCUAUGAAAACAUUUCAUAGCAUCUUACAUUAGGCUUGAAAAUUAAAACUUGUUUAACACCAAUGAUAUGCUACUCUUAUAAUAACUUUUAACUUAGCACAUACUUUUGAUAUACAAUAUUAUAACACAUAUGAUAAAUGUAUAUUAUAUAUUUCUGACGAAUUCAUAUAUCAUAAUUCUUUAUACAUACGAUCUUUCUGCCAUUCAAGUUGGGACAAGCUAUAGUUUUAGUUAUCAUAAUCAUAAUUUUUUCUCAUUUGAAUACAUAGAAGCGUAGAAUUUUUAGCAUUAAUUAAAUAAUUUUUGUAUUUAAAUGAAAUAAGAGGCACUUUAUUUGGCAUCGUACGCGUUGCUCAGUUCAUCUGAUAAUAAAUUUUAAUUUUUAUAUUAUGUACAAUUUAUCAAUAACAUUUCAAACGAAAAUGCUAUUUAUAUACGGUAAAUAACUUAAUAAUAGAAAAAUGAAGAAAUAAAUAUUACAAAUCGCCAAAGGUUACAAGGUAAUCAUUGUUACUUUUUUUUUUGUCGAAAUGAAA